AUGGAUGUGGCCAGCGACUGGGACACAUUUCUGAAGGAGUUAGUUGAAUGCCACCAGUGUGCUGGACAAGCUCUCUAUCAGAAGCAUUGGAAAGAAAUAAAGCAGUCAGGGCUCAGCUGGGAUCUAGUAACACCCAAAGAUCACUUACGUUCUCUAGAUGAAAUUCUACAUCAUUUAUCACUGCUUGGUGCUGAUUUGCAAAUCACAGAUUCCCACAUCAGAUACGAUGUCACUAAAAAACAAGAUGAAACACAGUAUUUGGAAGCAGAGCUAGCUACAGACUCAGCAACUCAAAUAUUACAAGCUUCAGCAGUCAAAAUAGUAAAGCUAGAAGUUAUGAAACAAGUGUGUCUCUAUAGAGUAUUGGAUCUCUAUAAUGAACUUCAGAGACAGACCUGUCCAGAAGGUGUGUUAAGGAUUCUGAACACUUUACACUAUAGAGCUACAGGAGAAUCUGUGGCCCAAGAGGUGGCCCAGAUUACUGAGAAGCAGCAAGUGGAGAGAGCUGUGGCUUUUCUCCAGAAGCACCACAAAGAAGGGGACUUACUUAUUGGUGUAAAGGAAGAGUCAGAGACUGAACUGAGGAAUAUGCAGACACAGUUCAGACUGGAGCUUCAAACCCAGACAGAAGAAAAGGUGCAAGCCAAGGAAAUGCAAGUGAUCCAGGAGGCUGAAAGACAGGAGUUACCAAAUCAUAUUGAGCAUGUGGCAUAUUUUAUCCUAUCUCAGAGACACUUGCGGCAAACAGUAAUAGUGCUACAAGACAGCUGCAGAUUCCAAAAGGCAGACUUUUGGACACAGACUGAAGAAAGAAACCUGUGCGAGCUUGUCAUAGAUGGGUCAUUGGUUGAUGAUGAUGAUAUGAAGGACAUCAUACAUCUAUUGAAAGAUAACAUAGAAUACAAGCUUUCAGGGCUGGAGCUGAAACAAGCUGCCAGAUUAUUACAACUGAGAGAGAAACAGUUUUUGGAAAUAACCCAAUGCCUGAAAGACCACUCUUUGGACAAGCCUGUGGAUGAAGCUGACUUCACAGCCAAUGAUCUACAGGAAUUCAGAAAGCAGAAAAUAAGGGGGCUGAAAGAACAGCUCAAAAUCUUUAUGGGCGAUAAAAGAACUAAGGAGAAUACUUCAAGCAAUCUUGAUCCACUACAGAUCAAAAAAUCCACAUUUGAAAGUGAAGAUAAAAUACUUAAAGGGAACGUUAUCUGGGAGAUUUUCCAAGCAAAGCAGCUGCAGCUGGAAGAAUCUCACCAAUGCCAAAUAUUAGAUGAAAGAGUGAAUCUGCAGGAUCAGCUGGAUCAUGGAGAGCUGAGGAGCUGGAUGAAGGAUAAAAUGAUGAGAGAACACAAUGAAACUGAGGUCUUCCUGCAAAAGGCUUUUCACCAAGACCUGGAGAAACUGAGAGGAAGGGUAGAGCAGGCAGAGAAGAAAAAAGAGAAGCAGCAAGAAAACAGCCCUCCAUCAUCUGCAGCUGCAUCCUUAUUGGCCAAAGAGAAACCCAGCCAGGCAGAAGACCAGGUUCUAUCUCUCUUGGCAGAGAAUGUCAAGAUACUGAAGCAAACUGAACAGUUGUUGGCAUCAAGGAUUAUUCUCCUGAAUCCCCAGUUCAGGUCACCUCUUCUGUGUGACAAUGAUAAAGCCACAUAUAUGAAAUCUUCUCCACUUCUCACUCUUCUGAAAGAUGUGAAUGACCAGCUCCAAGCUCAUGCGAUGGCAAUUGGGCUUCUGGAAAGCCAUCUGCCGGAAAAAGACACAGGAAGUUCUUUUCAGGAUAUAUUGGAUGCUUUGAUGACUCAUAAAGGUGAACUAAUACCUGUUCAUCCCCUAACACUUUCUGCAAGAGAGUUUGUAAUAUACCAAUAUGGCAUCUCCAUUCUCCAGUUUCUCAGGCCUCAUAUCAAUGCUCCAGAAAUUAACCUGUGUGUCGCCUCCAGCAUACCUCUCAGUAACACCACAGGCAAUGCCUUCCAAAACUCUUUCUAUCAUCAGAUUUCAGAGAACAAAUUAUUCAUUUUAAGAGAGUAUCUGGGUUGUGUGGGCAGCUUCAUUCUGUUGCUGGUGCACUGUCUGGCUCACAUCACUGCUGCUGACCUCAGCCAAGACUCCAGCCCCGCCUUUCAGAGACUGUUUUAUCAGGCACUAAAGGCCUGUCUCAGUGAAAUGUUCUCCCUUAGACUCCGGAUGUCAGCAGUUCUCCAGGACAAUAAAUCCUCUGUGAAGAUAAGUGAGAUUCUGCUGAAGGGAGAACCAUUCUCUGAGGAGAAAUUAAAUCUCAUCUCUCAGCUUUUUGAUGCAAAAGUAAAAUCCUCCAGGGAGAUGGAGGCGUCUGAGGAGAGGAACAGGAACCUCUUACUCCAUGCAAAUCUUGAGGACCUGCUGAAGAAUAAACUAUCUGUAAAGAAGAAAGAGUGUUUCACCCACACCUCAGCAGGCAGGAAAGAGAACAACUUUGGUGCAAGGAUAAGCUCGGAAGAGGAAAGCUGCUCUUACUUCAGCCUUUCGGAAGUGGAAGAUAAGUUGGAUACAUUAACUGAGGAAUUGGUGAAAGUCAUAGAGGAAGAACAUCAUUUUUUAAAAUAUGCAGCCAGUGAAGAUUUGCCCUUUGGUCAGUUUGAGAUAAUUGGUUUAGAGAAAGACUGUUUGGUAAAGCAAAUGGAAAUAUUAGAAGGGAAAAUAGCAAAAGGCAGAGAGGUGUUUAAGUAAUAUUAAAACAAAGAAAAAAAAAUUGGUGACUUACUUCUAGCUUGGCUUUACACCAAGCCAAAAAAAGAAAAGUUUAUUCCAAGACCAGUGCGUUGUUGUUGUUUUUCCCCCCAAACUCACUCAUAAUUAAAUCUGAUUUAAAAGAAUGUAAAGUAGCUUAAAAAGUGACAAGACCCAAGGCUGAUCGACUCCCUCAUUUCUUCUGAAAUAUCCGUUAACAAUAAUAAGCAGUCAAGAUACCUUGGUUAUUGUCAUUGCCCAAGCAUGUGAAAUCUCAGUUAACUGUCAACUUAGCAAAGGAAUGCAAGUGGGGUUUUAGAACGGAACCCCUAUCAGUUCUGGUUAUGAUGCUUAAUAAAUGUAUUUUGAUAACACUAUAUAGCGCUAACCCCUACAAACAUUGGAGAAGACUAUCACACUUCUCCAUAGCCUUUAAACUUAUAGUAAGACAGUUUCCUGUCCCACAGAAAUUCUAAUUCUGAAAGGUGCUGAGUACCUCUCACUUAGAUUGACUUCAGUGUGAGCUGAAGGCUAGAUCCUCAAAAAGGUAUCUAAGCUCCUAGCUUCUGGGUACAAGUUCCCUCAACUCCUUGCAGGAUCAGCCCCUAAUUUACACUGGUGUGAUACAAACAAGAAUCUGAAGGAAAAGGAGCAGAUGGCAUCACACAGGAGAUCAGCAACACCGAAGAGCAUUUUGUAUAUAGAUUUGAAUGAGAUUUGUUUCUGCUGCAAUUGUUGUGAAUCAUUGAAUGUCUCUGCUCUAAUACUGUCAAACAAUUGCUUCUAUAUUCUUAAGUAGGUGAUUUGAUUGUAGUGUUUUAUUACAAGUAUACCUUUUUAGAGUUCCUAGAUCAAACUAAACUGUAAUUUAUAAACUGCAUUCAUUUGUGAAAAUGCAAACAAGUUUUUGAAAACAAAAAAACCUAAACAGGUCAGAACUGAAGUGGCAGGUGUCCAGGCUGAAGUGAAUGGGAAGCAUUGCUCCUGCAUUCCCAGCACCACUGUAAGUAAGUCACCUCCCAGAUUGAGAUUGUUAAUUUAUUGGAUAGUUUCCUGAAGCACUCUGUUAGAUUGCUGUUAAUAUACAAACUCUGUAGGCUCUUUAUGAAGACUUAAAUAGAAAUACUGCCCAAUUUACAACAAAAGAUAGAGUCUCCCUACCUUCUGCGGAGGGAUCAAGUGGAGCCUAUUAAUCAACAGCAACUUUGUUUCAGAAACAAUUACAUAUAUUCUUUUAAAGAAAGAAUAUGCAUAGAUGAGAGUCAAGGCCCGUGUCGAUCCUUGCUGCACACACCAAAUAAGAAACACUAUGUAAUUAAGCAGGACUUAUUUUGGUUACAUUUGAGCCCAAGAAAAGAAGAGGACCCACCCAGACAUCUGGAGCUGCAGGAGAAUUCCAGGAUCAAAUACAGGAUUUUUUUUGGCUGUAGCUGUGAUGGAGAGAGGUAGGCUUCUGCAUUAUCUCCACCACAACAAAGCAUGUUUAGGUCACAUAUACUUGUCUACUGGUCAUUGAAUCUCUAAACUACAAAUUUCUGGCGAGUUCUAUCCUAAGAAAAUCUCAGUUUAGGAUGAUCUCAAAGAGCUUUCAGUAGAGGAGGGAAGACUCUUGGCAUUCACCCUUCACACACCUGGUGAUAAAUCACAAAUGCAAUAUUUUUUAAAAAACCACAACUAAAUUUAUUAAUCUCCAUGU